AUGGAUGAGAUAGAAACCAAGGCCGCUAACCUCCCCUGGUAUGUCUCGGCGGUCCACGGCUAUUUCAGCCAGCGAGCCAUGGAGCUGUUCACCUUCGUCGACUUCGUGCUCGUCUACACGAUCAUCUCCGUGCUCGGGAUGGUGACGAAUGUCAUCAACGUCAUCAUCUUCCGCAAGAUGGGGGUCAAAGACACUGUCAACAAAAGCCUGCUGGUGUUGUCUGUCACUGAUCUACUCUACCUCCUCUACACCCUGCUCAUCAGUCUGUGCUACUAUCCCAUAUGGGGUGACCUUGACCUCAACUUUAACGUCUUAGAUUUGUCCAUUUUGACGGUCGGGUGGCCAGAGUUCUACUUCCGGCGGGCGGGGAACUGGGUCACUGCCUUCAUCACGUUUGAGCGCUGUCUCUGCACAGCCCUCCCCCUCAAGGUCAAGGUUCUAAUCACGCCGAGGCGAACUAAUUUAAUCCUGGCGGCCAUUUUGUGUGUGCUAGUUCUUAUCAUCAUGCCGGCGUACUUCGCUGUUGAAUACCAAUGUCAAUUCGAUACCAGCAGUAAUCGAACGUAUGUAAUUCUCGUGUACCACAACAACAGCGCAGAAAUCGAUUCUGUGACGACUGCGAUUUCUUUUGUUUUCACCAUCGCAACUUUUAUUUUCGUCAUCGUCUGCACCGUCAUUUUGGUAACUAGCCUCAGGUUCAAAUCCAAAUGGCGCCAAAAUCAUUUCUGCGCAGACAAAACAGAAAUGUCGUCUGUCCGCGACCUCAAGGUGAUCAAAAUGGUCGUCUCUCUGUCCAUCAUCUUCAUACUGGCACUGAUCCCGGAUGUGGCUGUCAUGCUGACCAUGACCUUUGACCACCGGGUAAGCUUCUAUGGUGAGUACGUUGACCUGUACCUGGUGCUGAAUGGGGUGAGCGAGCCGGUGCUGGCACUCAACGCCGCCCUCAACAUCCUGGUCUACCUCAAGAUGAGCAGCAAGUACAGGGACACCUUCAGCAAGGUGUUCGGUCCAGUCUGA